AUGCGGAUACUGUUUCUGCUAGUUAUUUGUUUAGUUGCAACUUGCUAUGCUGGAUUUUUUAGCUCUUUAGUGUCCAGGUUCACAGGUGGUGGAAGUUCAUCACCUUCUAGUUCCAGCUCAAGUUCGGCUUCAAACCAAAGAAAAUCUUCAGUGUCAGAUGAGAAAGCUAGAGUGGGUUUUUUGAAGUUCAGAUUCAAAAAUAUAUCAAAAUCAUUCUGGAAGGUUUCGUCCAAUAACUUGGGAAUUACCGUAACGGAAGGACAUCCACCACUUAGUUACCUUCAAACUUUCGGAUAUGUCCCGCCAUCAAACUCACUUCAAUCCAGAAAUGGAAUGGCUGGAGACAUUCAGAGUGCUGAGCAAGUAUUCAAAACAGCGAUUCGAAAGUUCCAAGAGUUUGCUGGUCUAGCUAAAACUGGAAUUUUGGAUGCAGCGACUAAAGCGAAAAUGACAUUAUCGAGAUGCGGAGUCACAGAUGCACCAUUGGCAUUGACUUCUGGAUCUAGCCAAUUUAAAUGGCCCAAAAACCGUCUGACAUAUUCAAUUGAAAGUUGGUCUUCUGAUUUACCAAAGGAAGAUGUUAGACGCGCUAUUGCCGAAGCCUAUGGUCUCUGGUCCAAAGUGACUCCUCUCGAGUUUUCCGAAGUUCCUGCCGGCAGCACUUCUGAUAUUAAAAUCCGAUUUGGCGUUCGUAACCACAACGAUCCUUGGCCAUUCGACGGCGAAGGCGGAGUCCUUGCGCACGCCACCAUGCCAGAAUCUGGAAUGUUCCACUUCGACGACGAUGAGAACUGGACGUACAAAGAUGCUAGAAAAAUUCAUAGCAAUCAAGCAACGGACCUGCUGGCCGUAGCUAUUCACGAGCACUCCAGGGAUGAGAAUGCAAUUAUGGCUCCGUUUUACCAAAAAACAACCGAUUCGAAUGGAAAUUAUGUGUAUCCGAACUUGAAGUCUGAUGAUAUUUCAGCCAUCCAAGCGAUCUAUGGAGCUGGAAGUGGAAGAUCUUCAGGUGGAUCUGAUUUUGGAGGAAGCAGUGGAGGAACGAGAACUACUCAACGACCAACAACGACUACAAGAAGUUGGUUUGGCAGAUUCUUCGGAGACGAUGAUGAUGACGUUAGAACCCGUACAACUACGAGAAGGACAACUCUGUGGCCAACAACCCAGUCACCAUUCUCCGGAGAUGAUUGGGGAUCCGGGUCUUCUGGAGGACGUGGAGGUUCAAGCAGUGGAGGCAGAUGUCCAUCUUCCAUUGACGCUUACACACCAAGCUCAUCAUUCUCAUAUGCGUUCUCUGGAUCUCAAGUAUACACAAUCAGUGGGACCAAAGUGACCAAAGUUUCUGCAAUUCACGAUUUGUUCCCAUCUGCACCAACUCCAGUGAAUGCAGCGUUGUGGAAUCCGAUCUCUGGAUCUAUGUUGCUUUUCAGUAGUAACAGAGUGUACAGCUACUAUUUCUCAAAUAUUCGCCAAAUUUUCCAAAUGGAUAGUGGCUUCCCCAAAACGCUUCCCUCCGAUCUUGGUUUUUCAGUGUCUGGAGCUCUUCGUUGGAUUAAUGGACAUCAAAUUUUGAUGAGCAGUGGUGACGAAUUCGCGGUCUACGAUGAGUUCUGGAAUCAGGUCACUUUGAAAAACAGAAUAUCCUCUUAUUUCCCAAACUUGCCACGUGGUGUCAAAGGAGUCGAGUCUCCUGCCGGAAGUGUCAUCACCGCAUUCACCUCAAACCAAGUUUUCGAGUACAACUCUCGAACAAAGUCCAUUGGUCGACAAUCCGGAUUCUCCAGUUAUAUUGCUUGUUAA